GUGUGUGUACAUGCAUGUAUAUAUGCAUAUCGGCAGAGGAGGGUCAUGGAGCAGAAGAGAGGAAUGAAACGGCAUUGGAGCAUGAAGCAUCCUCAUCAGCUGCACCAGUGGCAGUACCGCUCAGAGGCCCAUACCAUUCCUUACAAUGGUGGUGGGGCUGAGUCUCCUGAUCAUUGGUGCUAUCAGUGUCUACUACGGUUUCAGCCAAUCAGCUUCACUUCAGAUGGGCCAUGCUGAAAGGUUACUGAAGAUUCGCUACACCAAGGCCAAUAAAAACUACUCGCCGAUCCUUGGGGCCAGCACAGCAAACACUGUCGAUAACAUCUACAUCAACCUUGUCAUGCUGCCGAAGAAAAAUCUGACCAAGGAGUUCAAGAAUGAAUUCCAGUCCAGCUCCGACGACCUGUGGCGGACCGAGCAUGCCUUCACUAGUGCGGGUCAGAGAAUGCAAAGCCUCAACUUAGAGUCUCUUCUCAACAACACCCAUCAGGAUCAGUCAUCGCAUCUCACAGGUCAGACUCUCGGCACGAUAGUCAUGGCUAGUGCUGGGUGCGGGAAGUCGUUUGUUUUUACGAGGGUGGCACCGAUCAAAUGGGCAGCCGGUGAACUGUGGCCCAACAAGAAACUGCUUGUUGCAAGAGAGUUGCGUUUCCCAGACGUGCACAAGGCUACAUCCCUGAGUAAGCUACUUGGACUAGACGGUAUCGGUAUUGAAGACAGCAAUGCCCAGCAGGAGAUCUGUGAUCAUGUUCGUGAACACCCUGAGAGUCUAGUGCUUAUUCUAGAUGGUCUUGAUGAGGUGAGCCUGAAAGACAUGAGCAGUUUUGUCUAUGAUGUACUGUUUGGCAAGGAGCUGCAGGGAAUUCAUCUCAUAGUAACAUCUCGACCAUGUGCCGACAUAUUCCAGUUGUCGGUAUUACCUCACUUCCACCAGCACAUCGAGCUUAUGGGAUUCAAACAAGAUGAUGUGGAGAGGUAUAUCCAUAGCGUGCUAAGCCCGGAGGAAAGCAGAGACCUUGAUCGCAGAAGUUAAUCGUUCAGCUUAUCUGGGUGGAAUGAUGGCGACCCCAUUCAUGGCACAGGAAGUAUGUGUGCAGUACUAUUUUGGCUUGGAUGUGCCACAGUGCAUGACAGACAUGUUUGAACAGAUGAUAGUUCAGAUUAUCAACCGGAAAUACGGCCGCACAUACAAGCAGUGGGAAUGAGGUACCUGUUGAGGCACAACUGCUGGUGAUGGAAAUAGGACAGUUUGCCUUCAAAAUGCUUGCCGAGAAGCGGAUGAUCUUCAACGAUGUCGAUCUCCAGAAGCAUUCUCUCAGUGAACAGGCCGUUCAAACUAGGUUUGUUGGUGACAGGAGAGGAAUCUCUGUCAAGGAAUGUUUUCAGACAACAUCGGUUCAGCCAUCUGACCACUCAGGAGUACCUAGCAGCAAUGUACCUUGCCAGACACCCCACACACGACGUCGUGAACAGUUCAAGUAUCAUUCGACUUGUGGAAAUCCUCGGUGCAGAAACGGCACAUUUUGAGAACAUUCUGGACCAUGCUUUGUGCCCAGCUGAAUACAGCACAAGCCGAAUGCCUCGUGAACUCGUUAUUAACACGACAGAAGGUACAGGACUCGGGAGAUGAAGAAGAAAUUUUGCACCUCUUUCAUCGUUACACAUCACGUGGUCAUAGUGAGAACUUGAUUCAAUCACGAAACAUUUCUGCAUAUUUCGAGAGGUCAGAAAUUCAACGAAGAUAUCUUCAGAGUUUGGCAUUUCACUCCUUCGCUGAACUGUCAAUGCAGCGGAAAAGGUUAAUUCCCCACUGCCGUCAAUACGCGCUUUGCUAGCUUCUAGGCAAGCAGUGUCGAUAUCCGGAGAUCAUCAUCCUGCAGAGGUACGCUCGAUUGACAUUGUCCUUCGCCAUCACCCCCAUGACGUUCAGUUGGUGGCCAUAGAUAAUACGUUCUGGUUCGAUGACGAUCGUGUCCUUCAUCAUUAGCGAAUUGCACUGGGAUCCGAGUAUUGAAAAUCAUUUCUCUUUUCAACAGGCAUGGUUUUCAUAUUGUCGCCUCUGCUGUACAGCAUUCCGCCAGAAAUCUACACGAGCUGAUUGUGUUUUACACCCCAAUAUGGUCCUCUCUGAGUGCCGCACUCUCAUCAUGUCACCAGCUUCGUGUGCUGGAACUCCAGUAUGGCAGUCUGACCACUAGCAAUGCGGGUGCUUUGGCCAGUGCAUUGCCUAAUCUCACAACCCUGCAACAGAUCAUACUGUAUCAUCAUGUGGACCUUACAAAUGAUAAGUUGACUGCAAUCAUCCGUGCACUUCACCGUAGUGGUAAUCUCUCUACUGUUGACUUUACCCGCUGUGGCUUGACUGCAUCCGUGCUACCUGCCAUCACGACAGCUCUGCAGCACUGGAAGCGUCUUAAGUCCUUGAAGCUCUACUACAGCAAUUUCAGUGAUGCUGGUGCACAUGCAGCUUUGCAGUUCUUCUCUGCACUCUCAAAGCUCACAGAUUUGCGAAUGAUUGACUUUGGUGAUUGUCAUCUGUCUGAAAGUACUGGCUUUGCUUUGGCAACUGGACUGUCCAAUAUGAGCACCCUGCACUCUAUAUCUCUUUUUCGUAAUCCCAACCUAGGUAACAAUGCUAUCGUAGCCAUUGUGCAGGCGCUAAGGCAAUGCAAAGGCAUGUCUCUAGUUCAGCUGGGAGAGUGUGGUCUGACGGCCGCUUCGAUGCUCGCUAUUACGGCUGCUCUGAACAGCUGGCCAAACCUCCACAAGCUGGAGCUUCGCUGGCAAUGAUUUCAGAGAUGUUACAGAGGACCAAGCCAACAGCUUCAUUGCUGCCGUCAAAGCCCAUAAGAAACUUGUUCAACUAGAACUAGACCGUAAAGGUAUGGAUGCCACUCAAAAUAGAUCAGCACUGGUGGCUGCUCAGUUCUCUCACAAACACGUUCAAAUGAUUUACAACUAGGCGACAGAGGGACACGAGCUUUACAGGCAUAAUGCUAUCCAGUGGAUAUUUCACGUCAGUUCAAGUCCGUGUAUGUUAGCUGAUGUCACCUGUAUCGAUUGAAGCAUUCUGCUUUGUUCUCCUUUGGGCCGCCGAUGAUCUUGGUCUGGCCAUUUUCUGAAUUUCUCCUAACUGUUAUUGCACCUUCAGCACUUUCUUUCUUUCUGACAUUGAUAUGUUUGUAAAAUGGCCGGUGGGUGUCUCUUUCGCUGGUAUACCUCGCCUAUGUCUCUGGGCUCCAGAACUCUCUGACAAGAAGUACACUCGCAUGUGUUGUUUGACGGGUUUAUGUGUUCAAGUGCUGAAAUGUUCUUGUUUCUUGUUUCAUAUCGGUUAACAAAAUGCCGGCAUUCAAAAAUUACGUGAUAGGGUAUAUUAUUAUGUGAAAAAAAGUAUUCUUUCUAGACCAUAGGGUAUGAUGGUUACAUGUAUACGGUUGAUUAGUGUGGCACAGCUAUAGAUGAUCUACAAGUAGUGCCUUGGUCUCUGCUCACCUGUUCACUAUUCACUGCUCACCUGUUCACUAUUCACUGCUCACCUGUUCACUAUUCACUGC